GCGUAGGUGUGGGUUCUCAGUACUCCCAGCCCAUCCAAGAUUCCUCAGUCUGGGAGCAGCACAGGAGAGGAACCGGCCACUGAGGACUAUCUUAGGAACGGCAUGGAGAGCAAAUGGAGUGGCUGGGUGCUGAUCCUUUCUGUGUGCCUAGGUUCCUACCGAGCUGCCGCCAGUCCCCUCCACGAGUGCGGCGAGCGGCCAGAGGACUGGUGUCGCGACACAGUGACCGCAGCCAAGUGUGGGGUGCUUCAGCUCUGCCAGAUCACCGUCCGGGACCAGGCCCUGGGGAAGGGGAUCCCGUGUCACCUGUGCCAGAUGGCGGUCUCGGUGGUGGGCAAGAUCCUCCAGGACAACCGCACCGAGGAAAAGCUGCGGAAAUUCUUGGAUAAGAAAUGCCAGUACCUGCCCUUCCAGGACUGGUCUGUCAAGUGCAAGAAGAUGGUGGACACUGGUGUCCUCAUCCUUGUCCAGCUGGGCAAGCAAGUGCUGUCGGACCCGAAGGUGGUGUGCGGGACCUUCAAGCUGUGCCUGUCCCGGGAGAACCCCAUGGGAGCCCUGAAGUUCCAGAAGCCUCCGCCAGCCCCUACGGACCAUGUUCAGGACUUUGCUGACCUGGUCAACCCUUUCAUCGCCAACGUGCCCCUCCUGCUCCAUCCCCAGGAUCUGCUUCGUGGUGAGGCCCAGGAGAGGGAGGAUACCUGUGGGGACUGUCUGCAGCUGGUGGCAGCCAUGCAGCUGGAACUGGGGACCGACGACACCUUCACCCAGUUGCUGGUGGCCCGUGGGGAGCGGGUGUGCGAGAGCCUGACACCAGGCUUGGCACAGCGGUGCAAGCGCUACCUGGUCGAGCACGCGGACACGGCCGUCCAGCUGCUCCAGCUCUUGCAGGCUGAGGAGCCCAUGGAGCUGUGUGGCCACCUGGGACUCUGCUCCUCUGCCUCAGACCUGUCCCUCCACACGCUGCUCAUGGAGAAGAUGAUGCAAGUUCUGGGGCAGGACGAGGAGGGGACCACACCACUGUGCGAGAUGUGCCAGUUUGCUGUGAAGGCAGCUGAGAGCCUCCUGGAGAACAACGUGACGGAGGAGCAACUGGUGAACGACAUCGAGAAGGUGUGCUACAUGCUGCCCCACGGUGUCAUCGGGCAGUGCAAAGACUUUGUUGACUCCUACGGCAAAGCCGUGGUCAUCAUGCUGCUGGAGGCCACUGACCCGAUGGCCGUCUGCACCAUGCUGCGCUGCUGUCCCCGGAGUGGGGACAUCCAGCGAGGAGCUCCCGCGCCGGAGCAGGUGGAGGUGAGUGCGGGUGCCUUCUGCAACGUCUGCCAGAUCGUCAUCACCUACUUCGAUAACGAGCUGCUGAAGAACGAGACGCUGGCAGAGCUGGGCGACGUGUUAGAGAAAGGCUGCGAGAUGCUGCCCACGCCACUCACCAGCAAGUGCGAAGCGCUUGUGGUGCAGUACGAGCCGGAGGCCGUGCGGCUCCUCGUGCAGAUGAUGGACCCCACCUUCGUCUGCACUAAAAUAAGAGCCUGCAAUUCAUUUGAGGAGGGCUCAGACCCCUGUGUCUGGGGCCCACAAUACUGGUGCAAGAACAUGGCCACGGCGGUAGAGUGCCACGCGGUCGAGCACUGCCGGCGUCACCUAUGGAACUAGGAGCCACCUCCCCAGCCAGCCGGGCUUGCCCCACUGUUUUGGUUCAAAAUCCCAGACCCCCUCCCUUGGGAUCCACCUGCUCCCAUGGAUGUGAUGGCAGGAAUCCAUCAGCCUCACCCGCCUCAGGGGGUCCGCGGGGUGCCCUGGCCACCUCUGCUGCUUCCUUCUUCAGCCCUGGGACUUGGAUUUCCAAAUCAGGUUAAGGGACUUCUUAGGAUUUGCAGGACAGGUGAUUCAGCCUCACCAUCUCUUAGGCUGAUCGUAAAAUCCUGCUGUUGCUCCCCAUCCCCAUCCCCAUCCCCAUCCCCAUCAUCUCCAUCCCACCCCAACCGCUCAUAAGGCCCAGAUCUUACAAUGUGGAUCCAUCCCCAUGGGCUGGGAUGGUUUCUGCUGCCCAAACACUGUCCCCACUCCUGGCCGCCGGUAGCUUCACGCUGCAGGUCUCGUUGGCUCUGGGCAAGCCCCGCGUUUUGCUGGUCCCUUUUCAAACUGGGGUGGCUUUUUAUUACCCCCACUUCCCAGUCACCAGUUAAAGAAACAAAGCGGAUCAAAUUUACCUGCAAUGCACACCUUUGCACGACAUUUGCAGAACUCUUAAUUUUGUGUUCAGCUGAUUGCUGGAAAUAUAUAUAUAUAUACACACACACACUUUAAGUAUUCCCUGAAUGAAAAAAUGAGAGAGUUUUGGGGCAGAGAUUUCCUUUCACACAGUCAUCCCUGCUAGGGGGGGGUAGGUCCAUGCUGACCCCGUCACAGGAGGGGGGAUGCCCGUGGUGCCCAGUCCUGAAUGUGCACAGGAGCAUCUCACUGCAAAUAAACUCUUCCUGUGA